GUUAUACCACCUCAAGCAUGUUUUGUCCCAACCUCGACCCGGAAAUUGAAAAUCUGAACCCACCUCACCACCACCUGUUCCCUCCUCUUUUCGGCUCCUGCUCCUCUCUUGCUCCCCCGCUGGCUCUCUCUGAACUGCUUUCGAUUCAGUAAAAAUGGCAAACAAGCUCAAAGUAGACGAACUUCGAGCCGAAUUGGCUAAACGUGGACUUGACACCACCGGAACCAAAGCUUCCCUGGUUCGGAGACUCGAUGCAGCUCUCGAUGAAGAAAAAAGGCAAUCAAUGGACUCUGUCGAUGCUCGUGGUAGCAAGAAAAGAGAAAGGGACACUCAGGACGGGUUUUCUAAUGGAGCAGAGAAAAUCAAGGCCAUUGAGAAUUUUCGGGAAAUGAAUAUUAAGCAAUUACGCGAACAAGCGAAGCUUCGCGGUGUUUCCACCAACGGAACAAAGAAGGAAAUACUAGAGAGGCUUUGCAAUGGUUUAUCAGACAAUGACGGUUCUUGGGACACUCUUCAAGCUAAAGAAGAGGAGGAUAAAAACAAGGAGAAAAUUGUAACUGCAACCAAGAAGGGUGCAGCUGUGCUGGAUCAUUGUAUUUCAGAGCAGAUAAAGUUACAGUACCAUGUUUUGCAACUGGGUGAUGACGUGUAUGAUGCCAUGCUGAAUCAAACAAAUGUUGGCAAUAACAAUAACAAGUUCUAUGUUAUUCAACUUCUUGAAUCUGACGAUGGUGGUGGAUUCAUUGUCUACAAUAGAUGGGGAAGGGUUGGGGUCAGGGGUCAAGAUAAAAUGUUUGGUCCCUACACUUCCCGGGAUACUGCAAUUUAUGAGUUUGAACAAAAGUUCUAUGCUAAGACAAAGAAUUACUGGUCCAACAGAAAGGAGUUCAAAUGUUACCCCAACUGCUAUACCUGGUUGGAAAUGGACUAUAGUGAAAAGGAAAAAGAAUCAGUUGUCAAAGAAAAGUCUGACCCUGCUUUAGCAAUUCAACCUCGGGAAACAAAACUUGAGCCACGUGUUGCAAAAUUUAUCUCUCUUAUAUGCAAUAUAAGCAUGAUGAGGCAGCAAAUGAUGGAAAUAGGAUACAAUGCUAAUAAAUUACCACUUGGAAAGCUAAGCAGGUCAACAAUAUUGAAGGGCUAUGAUGUCUUGAAGAGGAUUGCUGACAUAAUUGGCACAACAAACAGGCUACAACUUGAGCAAUUGAGUGGAGAAUUCUACACAAUUAUUCCCCAUGACUUCGGGUUUAAAAAAAUGCGUGAAUUUGUCAUUGACACUCCCCAAAAGUUAAAACACAAACUAGAGAUGGUUGAAGCCCUAGGUGAGAUUGAGGUUGCAACAAAGAUGUUGGAGGAUGAGCCUGGGAUGCAGGAUCCCUUAUAUUGUCGUUAUAAUCACCUGCAUUGUGAACUGAUACCACUUGAAGUUGAUUCGGAGGAAUUCUCUAUGAUUGCGAAAUAUAUGCAGAACACACAUGCAAAAACACACACACAGUAUUCUGUUGACAUUGUUCAAAUAUUCAAGGUCUCAAGAGAAGGUGAAGCUCAACAAUUCAGGAAGUUCUCCACUAUGAAAAACAGAAUGCUUUUAUGGCACGGUUCUCGUCUCUCAAACUGGACUGGCAUUCUAUCCCAAGGCUUGCGCAUUGCUCCCCCAGAAGCACCUUCAACAGGCUACAUGUUUGGAAAGGGGGUUUACUUUGCUGAUAUGUUUUCCAAAAGUGCAAAUUAUUGCUAUGCCACGCAUGCUUCUUCAGCUGGUGUGCUGCUUUUAUGCGAGGUUGCGCUUGGUGACAUGGCUGAGCUUUUACAUGCGGACUAUGAUGCUGAUAAGUUGCCACAUGGGAAGUUAAGCACAAAAGGAGUUGGCGCAACAGCUCCAGAUCUCUCAGGUGCUAAGAAACUUGAGGAUGGUGUCAUUGUUCCCCUAGGGAAACCCAAAAAGCAAGGAGGCCCUAAGGGUACUUUACUGUACAACGAGUACAUCGUCUACAAUGUGGAUCAGAUUAGGAUGCGUUAUGCGGUUCAAGUGAAUUUCAAAUACAAAAAUUGACUAGCAUCAAUGUGAUUCUUCCAUUUCUGUUCUCAAAUUUGCAGUAUCGAAGCUAAUCUUCCAGUAUAACAGAAUAAUUCAAUGGGCAAGUCUUCUAUAUAUGUAUGUGGUAAAUGGUAAUACAGCAGUAUAAUGUAUCUACACUGUAUUUUAGGGGGAAAAAAUCUAAGAGUUAGGGUCCUCUGGGGAGAUGGAAAAGAGGGUUGCCGUGUGUCUUAUUGGGAUCAUGGUAUAGAAAAUGAUUGCGUAACUUAAUGUAACACGUAACCUUGUAUGCUGGUUGAAGUGAAGAAAAUUGAGCACGAGCAUUCACUUCCAGUAUGGCCAGAGAUUCUCUUUGUUGAACUCAAAUUUCACAAAGUUAGCAGCUCCAUCUCUUAUUUUUGGAUAA